GAAUCUCCUCCAACAUAAGCCAACCACAAUCUUAAAUCUGUACCAAAGAAUCACCAAAAGAAAGAUAUAUAAUAAUAGUAAAACAAUAACAAUAUUAAUAUUAGAAAACCAGGUAACUUAAGUAAAUCAACUUAGAGCUCUUUAAAAUGAUCAUGUUAUGAAUCAAAUAUAGUUUACUACUUAUAGAUGGAGGUUUUAAAGAGGGAUGAAGAAGAUGUUAGUCCUAGAUUUUCAUUUCAGAAGAAUGGAUCAUCAUUGUCUUGUGUAGUACCACCAUUUUUGCUCAGUCCACAAAAGAGCUUGUACUACAACAAGCUACCUGAGGAGCCACUCAAUCUCACAGUUCUCAAAUUGGAUGGAUCUUCCUUUGAUAUUAAAGUGGCGAGGAGUGGGACAGUGGCGGAGCUGAAACAGGCUGUGGAAUCUGCCUUCAGUCAUUUGCCAGAGACAGGAACAGGCAAAGUUUCAUGGUCACAUGUAUGGGGACAUUUUUGCUUGAGCUACGAUGGACGGAAGCUACUUACUGAUAGUGAUUUGUUAGGAACCUAUCGGAUUAAGGAUGGCGAUAAGCUCAGUUUUAUGAGGCACGUCUCCAUCAGCUACAAUCUGGUCAAAACGCGAUCAGAGAGAGAGGACCCUAGUAAAAAUGAACCUAGCAUAUCAAAAGGCUGUGAAAGCAGACAGCGGAGAGGUGAACGAGAGGGUAAUCACCAUCGAGAUGACUUAUUAGAGAACCAUCAAAAUAAUAUUCAUGACAACAACAGAGGUGUCGUAGCCAAUUGUGAAUCCAGGUUGGUUCAUUUGUUUAGAGGGUGGCUCCCAUACAAAUUGCCAGAGAGGAGAAUAAAACAGAAAAGCAGUGCAUCGAGAUCACACGAUGGUUUACCUAUGGAGUUCUAACAGUGUUGUGCAGUGAUUAGUACCUUUGAAAGAGAAGAAUCCAGUAACUGUGCAAAUGUUAAAAGAGAGUUGUUGAAGCUCUAAACUUUUGACUAUCCAGUGAUUUUAGUGUCCAAGCUGAUUAAUUCUGUAAAGAAAAUUAGUUGCAUCUGUUCCAUUUCCUUAUUUGCAUAUCAAAAUUAGUUGUAUGGA